AAGGAAUAAAAACACAAAAUGUCACCGGAGCUUUCAAAAAAUGUCCACGAGGGCAUCACUGAAACUUUAAAAACCAACGCAGAAAGCUAUUUAGUAUUGGGCGAUUAUGAGUAUUACCAUUAUUUAUGUGAUGGCUUUGACGACAGGGGAUGGGGUUGUGGCUACAGAACUCUCCAAAGUAUAUGCUCAUGGAUGAAUGAAAACUACAUCAAGAAACAAAAUGUACCUUCUAUACUAGAAAUCCAAGAGACUUUAGUUGAAAUGGAGGAUAAACCGAAAUCUUUUCUAAAGUCAAGGCAAUGGAUUGGUAGUUUUGAAGUGUGUUUAGUGAUAGACAAAUAUUACGAUGUUCCGUGUAAAAUCAUUCACAUCAACAAAGGAGAUGAGCUUGGUACCAUAGUAGAUGUGCUGAUUGACCACUUCCAGAAAUUUGGCAGUCCUGUAAUGAUGGGUGGCGAUAUUGAUUGCUCAUCAAAAGGCAUUAUGGGCAUACAAAUUGUUGAUGGUGAAGCUAGUCUAUUAAUUGUGGAUCCUCAUUAUGUUGGUAAAAAACAGAGCAAGGAGUUCCUCCAGAAGAAAGGUUGGGUGAAGUGGCAACCAUUGAAAGAUUUCCUAAGUUCUUCCUUUUACAACCUUUGUUUACCGCAGGUAAAAUCUAAUACAAACGAGGGAUAGAAAUAAAACUUUUAUAUAAUUAAAAUCAGUCUUUACUUUUACAACCACAGUAAGGCAUACAUUUUAUGAGUAACAAUAAUAACAAACCAAGAAUUCACACACUCACACAACAUAUUCAAGAAUCAUAACUGUCCCAUAUUGACAUUAUCAAACUACUCAAUGAAAUAAAUAUUUUUUUCUAAUUCAAGCUAUAAUAUACUAGCAUUAUAUUUCACUUAGUUUUCAUUCAAGUCUAGUCUGUAUUCAUAAUAAGGCAAACUCCCUGAAGAAUCCAGUGGCUGCAAUGCUCUGCAGUCCACAAAUCAGAUUCAAACACAAGGCCCACCCCCAUGGCAUCUCGCCUUGUUGAUGUAGUGUAAACUGGUGUACGUAAAGUGUUCUGAAAAUUUCAUAUGUGGUUAAUAUAAAAUUCAUUGAUUAUUGAGGAUAUCUUAAAAGUGGCAUUUAAUAAUUUUACCUGCAGUUUCAAUUUGUGGAACUCUAUAGGGAUGAUGUACAUUAUUGGUAAUUCAGUGACCAACACCUUAGGAUGAGAUCUUCUAAGGCAUCCUUCUUCAAGAUCCCAACGUGCACCUUCCAGGUACAGCCCUCGGACAUAGCAUCCCUGCAAUGCACCCAAAAUGUAAUGUAGCAUUGUUGGCUUUUUCUCAAUAUUGUUAAUUUGAUUAGUGACAUGCUUCCUUGCCUAGGAAGACCCAAUUAAAAGUAUUUAAUAAGGCUGCACAGACUAUAUUAUUUCUAAACUUUUAAGUUUGCAGUUCCAUCGAUAAACUUGAAAUGAUACAAAUAAAAACAAUGUUCUUUGGUUCAGAAUAGGUUAACUUCAAACUACAUUGUUACCAGCGUUGCCAGAUUUUGUUUUUGCCAAGUCAGGAUUAAAGAACUUUUUGAGUGAGAAAAGCGGGAUUCUUUCGUCGAAAGCGGGAAAUACCUAGUAAAAAAACGAAUACAAUCAAAAGUUAUUGAAUAUUUAUCUUCAUUACGCGCCGGGAAGGCGGCCAGUCCACACUUGUCCGUGUCAGCCGCCCGCGCUUUCUUAGUACGCUGCACGCACGGUCGAGUUAUUCCCGAAUCGCGGGACUGAGCCUGUCCCGCGCGGGACAUUAAAUUUUGAUUUAAAAAUCGGGCAACGCUGAUUGUUACACUUAGGCGUUACUACCUGUAUUCUGGCCAACAGUUAGCCAAGUAUUAUAAGAAAUUGUUAGGUAGUGUUUUAUUCAACGUAAAUAUAGGUAAUAUCUAAUUAAGAGUCUACCGUAACGGGUCGUUCCUCGAUGUCGUCGGGCGAGGUCCACCUAGUGACGCGUGUAAACUGCGUGGAACGGUCCAGCGGCCAAGUGUACAGCCGGCACGCGAUCUGCACGUGCGCGAUUAGGUACGACUCAGGGAUGUGCAGCCCCGACAGCCAGAUCACCACCGGCUCCUCCAUUGUAGCCUAUCAAUUCAAAUACACAACAACAUAAUUAACCGUGACUAUGAUAGUUGGAGGAGCUCGAUGGCGCGGGUCGUUAGUGCGUUCGCUUUCGCAGUGGUCGGUCAUUGGAUGGGUGACCAAAAAUCUUCUAUCUCUAGUUCCUCCGUGCUUCGGAAGGCACGUUAAGCCGUAGGUCCCGGCUGCAACUGCAGUCGUUAGCACCCGCCAAUCCGCACUGGGACCGCGUGGUGGGUCAUGGCCCUAUCUCCCUACUCCAUCCAUAAGGAAGACCUGUGCCCCAGUAGUGGGGACAUUAAUAGGCUGAUGAUGAUAGUUGAAGUUGAGCAACUUUCACAUUGGUCGGUCAUUAGAUGGGUGAUCAAAAUUUACUAUCUUGCGCUCCUCCAUGUUUCGGAAGGCAUGUUAAUAGGGAUGAAAAAUCUUUUGAAAUAUCGAUAUUUAUAUAGAAGUCAGGAAAAUAUCGAUAUCCGAUAAAUCGAACAUUUUAACUCGAUAUUAUCGAUAUAUCGAUACUUUUUCCUUUUUAUUUUUUAUUGACAUUAGAAUAAGGGGUGAGUGUGACACAUUCAUAUGUUUGCAUUGAGACACACAUUUAAUGCAUUGAGACAGCUUUUUCGUUAAACACGCUUGAUGAAAUCGCGCCAAGCAGGAUAUUUUUUAUUGGCUCGCACAGUCUGUGUUUCAGCCCCGACAGGAAACCAAAAAAAUAUUAUCCUGAUCAGAUCACUCACUGUUAACGCCAUCUAUCGUAAGCUUGCGAAAACACAUUUACCUUAUCCCUUCCUCUAAACUCACCUGUUGUCGACUUCGUCCGCGGCGCUGCCAUCGCUGCAAUUCGAACCAACGGACGAAAAAAAGGGCAACGGACUGUGUGUGCUCUGAUCGCCGAGAGGAGACACCAAGAAACUCCCACGACUGAGAAAAAACCGCGCUCCGGAGACGCUUUUCGCCUACACAUAUUUCCGCCCCGGGGCCCGCGAACAUCCCGCGAACAUUAGUGUAAAAAAGAAAUAGUGGCGCGCCACAGGCGAACAUUUCCAGGACAGGAAGCACAGGCGCCAAGGAACCAGCCCAACAAACCAACAGGUACCCCCUUUCCCACAGUUUCCCUCUAGUUUUUGUGUUUUCUUCUUGUAUAUAAUCACACAUCCGCGUCGGGAAUUUGUUUUGUUUUGUGGCGUGACCAUUAUUUAGUGGUCCUUCAGCCGCAUUCAUCCACCCGCCCUUACUGGUAUUUACCCAGUAAGAGUAUUUAUCCGCUCCAAUAUUGUACAUAUUAUAUAUAUUUUCGCUUAUUUUUCGUAUUAUAAGCCCGCAACGCAUUUUCGUUCUCAUAAAACGAAAGCACGGUGUCGUGGCUCGCUCAUAUAUAUAUCUACCGCCCCAUUAGAAUAAAAUUAUUCAUCUAAUAGGAGAACAAUACAAAUUAUUAUAACACCCAUAUGUAUUUAUAUAAUUAAUUAAAGGUUCCAGUAAAUACUUAACCAUUAUAAGUAUACCUACAUUUCAAAGUACCUACAUAUUUGAUAUUUGUCACAUUUAUUUACCCGUGAUUGGAUAUUUU